UCCGGAAGAAAAAAAGGAGAGAGAGAGAGGAGUAGCAGAGAAGCCACCACGGAGCAGUCCCCUAUUUCUUCUGCCCUCGCGCCGCCGCCUCCUCGUCUCCUCCUCGCCUCGCCCCUGCUCGCUUCCCCACUCCCAGAGGCUGGGAACUUCUAAGAGGAACGGGAUCCAUGGAGGGUGGAGACGCAAGAAAUGGUUCGACUGGGACAUCACAGACAAAGGAAAGUGGGGUUGAUGGCCUCGCUAAGCCGCUGCCUCCUUGCUGCGUCAAGGCGAGGGCUGCAGCGCCUGAAUCUGAGGCCAAGUGCCAUGCCACUGUGGUCUCGGGAUGGUUCAGCGAACCCCGCUCCCGAUCUGGUAAAGCAAGCAAAGUGCAGUACUACAAUAACCCAAUGUGGCCAGGAGAGGCCCAUUCCUUGAAAGUGGAGAAGAUCUUGUACCAGGGGAAGUCACCAUACCAAGAAGUCUUGAUUUUUGAGUCGUUAACCUAUGGGAAAGUCCUUGUGCUUGAUGGUAUUGUCCAGUUGACUGAUAAGGACGAGUGUGCAUACCAGGAAAUGAUUACUCAUCUCCCACUCUGCUCAAUUCCUUCCCCUAAAAAGGUUUUGGUUAUUGGAGGUGGGGAUGGUGGCGUACUUCGAGAAAUAGCCAGGCAUGCUUCAGUGGAGUCUAUUGAUAUAUGUGAAAUUGACCAGCUAGUUAUUGAUGUUUGUAAAGAUUUCUUCCCAGAUUUAUCCGUUGGAUUUAAAGAUCCCCGUGUUCAACUUCAUGUUGGUGAUGCUGUGGAGUUUCUACGAAAUUCUCCCGAAGGGACAUAUGAUGCUAUUAUUGUUGAUUCAUCAGAUCCUAUAGGUCCUGCUCAGGAACUUGUAGAGAAACCAUUUUUUGAGACAAUUGCUAGAGCUCUGAGACCCGGUGGUGUUCUCUGUAAUCAAGCUGAGAGUAUGUGGUUGCAUACACAUCUGAUUCAGGACAUGCUCUCGAUCUGCCGUGAGACUUUCAAGGGUUCUGUCCACUAUGCCUGGACAAGUGUCCCAACAUAUCCUAGUGGUGCGAUUGGUUUUUUGCUAUGUGCCAAAGAGGGUCCACCAGUCAACUUCCUUGUACCCAUAAAUCCAAUUGAGAAACUAGAAGGUGCUAUGACAGCAGGGAGGGACAUCAGAUUUUAUAAUACAGAGAUGCAUAGGGCAGCGUUUGUUCUUCCAAGCUUUGCAAAGAGAGAGCUAGAAGAAUACUGUGGCUCCACUGAACGGGCACAAAAAGAGGAAACAUCAGCAGAACCAGCAAAGAUUGCCAUGGCGCCGCAGGGUGAAAUUCUUACUGCUUCUUAGAUGAGGGCACCAGACUUCGUCACCCGUCAUUGGGUACCAAGAAAAGCUUCCUCUCCUCUGAUAUCCAUGUCGGACAUGAAGUAGUACUUAUGAGAUAUAGUAGCUACAGGAUUAUGGUGUGGGAUGCGUUUCGUGCUAUAGAUAUGAUGGAUAAGAUCGUUGGCUUGAAUUCUGGCAACAGAUAAACCAGAAACCGUGGUGUGAUUAUUGUAACACGCACGCUGCUUAUUUGUCAGCUCUGGCACUAGAGCAGGGACAUGCAUUUUUGGGUGUAUUUGGUUCUUGUCCAAGGUAAUCGUACUGAUUCAUCUUCGCUCC